AUGUCACUGUCUCCUUCUCCCUCCGUCUCCUUCUCCUACGGGCCAUCCAUGAACAUGAACACCAACAACAAUGGACUAGACAUAUUCACCAAGGUGUUCAUGUUGCUCAUUUUUUUCACUCUCUUCGUUCGUGUGUGUUACGUGUACAUGAACACGCGAAGAGAACAACAUGGCAACGACAACAUAAACAAUAGCAUCGCAUCCAUGAUCCACCAUAACGAUCAAAACGAUAACCUCACGGGGAUACCCUAUGACGUCAUCAAGUCCUACCACACUUUCCCUUACAGCAAAACCGACAGUGUGGUCGGAACAACGUGCGACCAUGACACCACGUGCGCCAUAUGUAUUGAGGAUUACGAGGAAUCGGAGAUGUUAAGGAUGCUGCCGCAAUGCCGCCACUACUUUCAUCGUGACUGCGUUGACGCGUGGCUCAAGCUCAACGCCACGUGUCCCGUUUGUAGGAACUCGCUCAUGGAAACUAGAACCAAUAAUAAUAUUGACGAUAACAAUGUUAUUAACCAUGGUGGCAAUGCCUUGGAACGUGUAUAA